AUGAUUUUAGGUUCCUUAAAUGUGCGAGGGUGUGGUAAUGCGCUUAAAAGGAGGAGGAUUACCGAUAUAAUAAAAAAGGGGAAUGCGGAUAUGUUUUUUAUUCAAGAAUCAAAGUUAUCUCAUACGGAGGAUUUUGUUGUUAAUAGCUUAUGGAGUAAUACGGAAAUUGGAUUUUCUUUUUCUAAUUCGGAAGGUUUGUCGGGAGGAAUUAUCUCUCUUUGGAGGACGGAUAGGGUGGAGGUUAUUCAUAGUUUUAGAAGCGAAGGUUUUUUGGGGAAUAAAGUUGUGUGGAAGGAAGGGAUUUAUUAUGUGGUUAAUGUUUACUCUUCUUGUUGUUUGGAGAAGAAAAAAGUGUUGUGGAGAAAUUUGUUAGAUUUGAAACGUAGGUUGUGUGAUGGGGAAUGGAUAAUUGGAGGGGAUUUCAAUGCUACUAAAAGUUCUAGUGAAAGAAAGGGUAGGAGGAAUUAUGAAGGUGACAUUGGCUCCGAUUUGUUUGGUGGAUUUAUCGGGGAGAGUGGUUUGGUGGAUGUUCCUUGUAAAGGAAAGAGAUUUUCGUGGUUUAGUGGAGAUGGGAGAUCUAUGAGUAGAAUCGACCGUUUCUUGAUUUCAAAUAAUAUUGUAAACAAGUGGGGUGUAGUGGGGCAACUUAUGUUAGAACAAGAUUUGUUCUGA